AUGGAAAAUAUCGGUGUUAAUGACGGCUCUGUUCUUGGUUCCUCUGAACGGACUGUUACCGAGAUUCCUACGAUGCCUGCGAGUGGUAGCCUCACAUCGGCUCAUCACUUUGUUUCGUUAAAGUUGACCUCCCAGAAUUAUCUAUUCUGGCAGACUCAGAUGCUUCUGUUUCUUGAAGGCCAAGGGCUUUUAGGGUUUAUUGAUGGUUCUACACCCUUUCUGACGGCAUCACCGGACAGCGCCCCGGCGGUGGUUUCCGAUCUCUCGACACGGCAGCUCGUGUGGCGUCGGCAAGACAAAGCCAUCCUCUCCAUGCUCAUCUCCUCUUUAUCCGAGGAGACUCUUCGCUUCGCCGUCGGCAAGGGCACCUCGCGGCAACUUUGGCAGGUAAUCGAACAAACCCUAGGUUCGUCUACCCGCUCUCGUGCACUCCGACUUCUCGACGAACUUCAGGGGCUCCGUCAAGGUGAUUCGUCCAUAUCUGAUUACCUUGGUCGUGCCCAGAUGUUGAUUGAUGAAUUGGCUCUCGCUGGUCGUCAUGUUGAGUUGGAUGAUAAGAACUUAUACAUGUUUCGCGGUUUACGCCCGGAGUUCCGACCAUUGGUGGCAAUCCUAGCUCGCAGUGCUCCCGUUCCUCUGCCGGAAGUUGCAAAUUUUCUUUUUUCGCAGGAGUGGAUCUGUUCGGAUGACGGCGCGGCUCUCGACGCAUCGACAGCCUUGGCCGUGAGCCGUGGAGGACACGGUGGUCGCGGUGGCAGUCCGCAAAAUCGAGGAGGUGGCGGCCGCGGUGGCCGUGGCCGGGGGCGGUCCAACUCGGGCCCUCGGUGUCAACUUUGCAACAAGCAAGGGCAUAUAGCUACGACAUGUUGGCAUCGUUUCACUCCAGAUCCGGAUCCUCAGGCGAAUGUCACUGUUUCUAGUGUUGAAGGUUCUCUGGAUGACUCUCAUCAGUGGUUUCCCGACACUGGGGCCACAAAUCAUGCUACUCCUGAUCCCACCUUAUUGACGUCCUCUACUACGUAUGAUGGUCCGGAGACACUUCGGGUCGGCAAAGGUACAGGUUUGCCUAUUGUUACUGUUGGUUCUACUUCGUUAGCCAUUGAUUCUAGGUCGUUUCUCAUGGGUUCUGAUUCGGCUCUUAUGACUGAUCUUAUUGGCAAGCUGGCUCUUGAAUUUAAAGUUCGUGAUAUGGGAGUGCCUUCGUUUUUUCUGGGUAUUAAGACUGUUCCGUUGUCUGGUGGCAUGCUUCUGUCUCAAUAA